AUGGAUAUUAUCAGCCUACAAUUUUGUCGAAUAUGUAUUGAAGAUUCAUUAUAUAAAGCAGAAAAGAGAGUCAAAGAUGGCGAAUUUACUGCAGAGUAUGGGAGAAAGUGGUUUGGUAAUAUUAAGGGUUUGAUAAAAAAGAUCUUCAGCACCAAUGUUUCCAAUGAAUUGGAUCCUAAACCAGAAUUACUAUACCGCUUGCGUAAAAGUAUUGAGAUUAAACCUGAAGACAUUAAAGAAUCAUUACAAGCCCAAUUUGGAUUUCUUCGUUUUAUUUUUUAUGUUGUUUCAACGCCAUCAACACUUUGUGAAUUUCAAAAUGGAGAGUUGGUGGUUCAUUUUGACUUAAAUUACCAUACCAAUGCGAUUAAGAAAAUAAAAGCUGGCUUUACUCCAGAGACUCAAUACGAUAGGAUUUUUCAAGAAUUUUAUGGAAUGGCUGAACUCAAUCUUAGUGAAAACGAGGCAUCAAGUUUUUUCAUCGCUGAUACAUGUACAGAUUUAAUACCAGAUUUAAUACCAGAUUUACCAAAUACAAGCAAAACAGAAUACUAUUGUGCACUCAAUUUGGAUUUUUGGUUGAUAUCCAGAAAGAUUCUAGUUAAAAAGAAUAACUGUGGUGACAUUGUUGCUGAAGGUGUACAAAUUGAUAUGGGAAUUCUAAGUAAUGACAAGAAAGGAGAAGUAUUUGAACUACUAGCCAGAGCUUAUGAAGAGAAAAAGAUACUAACCUUGGCCAUUGAAAAGGCGAAAAACGCAAAAGAAUGUUAUUCGGUAUACUUUGAUUUUAUACGCCCUAGAAAUAACAAGAGCGAAAAGAACAAAGAAGAAAUGAGUGAUUAUAUUAAAUAUCUGGAGGAUAAAAAUACCAAAACAGUUCAGAAGCCACCAUCAAAUACCAGCAAUAACGCAACUGUGGUAGAAAAAAACACAGACAUAGACCAAGAUAUCGUAAAGCAUAACAAGGAAUAUCUUGUGGUAUUUGAUGAUUACAUUGAGCCUUUGCUGAUGAGGUUGGAAGCUCAAUUGCAAUCCGGGAAUUUUCAGAUGUCAGAAGUCAAUCAAAUGACCACAGACUUAAAUGACUAUCUUGAUAAAAGAAAAGAAAAUGAGAAUUUUAACGAACUAAAACUUCAAUUGAACCAUAGGCUAUGUAUGUUUAUCAACUUAAAGAAUAUACCUGAAGAUGAUAUUGAAUAUAUAAUGAGUGUUAUCAGAUUUUAUACUAAUGUGUUGGUUGUGAUUGAUACAUCAUGUGUAAUGGAUGUUGAAGACUAUGAGAAGCCAUAUGUCAAUGUUUUAACUAAUUUGUUUAAUAUUCUCGAAAAGUUCUACGGACUAUUCGGUAGAAGUAAUAUCUCAUCUCAGAUGAUUAAAGAUAUCGCAAAGUUUAGGAGCAGAGCAUAUCAAAUAAAUCAUUUCCCAGCAUGUUAUAUCAUAGCUAAAUGGAUUAACACGCCUCUUCAAAAAUUGCCUGUCAAUGACGAUAAUAUAGAUCAGGCAGUUGAAAAUUCAAUUGAUAUGAUGAAGUGUAUUGAUAUUCAGAAAUAUCAUGACCAAAUACUGGAACUAACUAAAGAUUCUUUAUCAUGUUGUCGAAAGGAGACACACAGAGCAGUGUUAUUAGAACUAAAAUCCAAAGCAUAUCAAUAUAAAGAGAUAUACAGUCUAGCUAUAAAAAACGCUAAAGAAGCUCAAGAAGCUUAUACGGAUGAGGAAGAUAAGAAACGAUUAUUACAACACAUUGAUUACUUGCAAUCACUACAAAGGGAAAAAGAGAGAAGGCAAGAACUGUUGAGGUUAGAAGAAUCGAGAAUACCUUACAAUGAAGAAGCUGAAGAGGAGUAUUUUGAUUCUCUGGAUUUUUUUGUGGAGGACGAUGAAGUGGUCGAUGGUGACGAUUGCGAUAUGUUCAAUAUGGCUGAAAAUAAAAUUAUUUGUGGUGAAUUUGAUGAAAAAUAUGCCGAAGAAUUCCGUAGACAGGCUGCAAGUGGAUUUAUAGGCUACAUUAACAAAAGAACAGAACAAGUUCAUUGCAUGUUGAGGAUAACAAAUGGUAUAGGAGAUGUCAUAGAAAAGUGUGAGUUCAGUGACAAUGUUUUCAUAUCUUGUUUAAGAUAUUUAUUCUAUGGGAUGAAUGGAAUAGGUGUAUUCUUUUCGAACCCAAAAGAAGGGAAAACUGCUCAAGUGAGCGCUCAUGCUUAUGAGUUAUUUCAAUUUGCAGUUAAUGGCCUCCUGGUUCAGAAAGUAAAGCACGAUGAAAUACAAAGUUCUAAGACACUAGCAAAGGCUAUCUUUGAAUUUAAGGGUGAUUAUGACAGAGCAGUUGCUGGUUGCAAAGCAGUUUUAAAAUUAGCUACUGAAUUUGAUAUGGAACAUACAGAUCAGAAGAUUAAAGCACUAGAAACAAUGGCUAGGGCUUUUGAAAAAUUAAACAGAAGAGAAGCUGCUAUAGCUAGGAUUGAUGAAGCUAUUGAAAUAUGCCAGAAUACAGACAAGAAAUCAGAGCUUCAGAGCUUAAAGACAAAAUUUCAACGAACUAUCCAAACUCGAGAGUCAGUUGGGGCUUCUUACUUAGUUGAUGAUAACAUAAGGAAAGACAGAGAACGUCAAAAUAAAAUUCAGUCCCGUCAUCACAAGAAGAAAAGAAGAAGAUAUAAGAAACAAGAAAUGGUGACACCAGAAGAUGACGCGAAUUUCCAAAACAAAUCUGAAAAUAAAGUACAAAAUGUAGAAUUGUCAACAGUCACACCGAUAAGUGAUACAGAAAGUGAUUUGUCGGAUGAUUAUAUUGAUAGUGAAACUUACAGUUUAACCACAGCCCCCAGCACAGAUAAUCUAUCACUGUUCUCUUAUUCUCAGUCAGACGUGGAUCAGGAUGAAUCAAUAUCAGAUGAGGAAGUUUCUGUUCCACAAGAAACCUGGUAUGAAACUAGUAUCAAGGUAAUGGAAGGACAUGAAAAGAAAACAGAACAUUGUCUUCAGUAUGAUGUAGAUUUAAGGGAACGCUUCGAUUUUCAAGAAAAUUUGCCAAAGUGGGAAAUAUUUUAUCCUGCAAUGAUGACCAGAGUUGAAAUGGAACAGAAUAUUCAAGCAAAUCCUGUGAAAUAUAAGAAAUGUAUCAUUAAUGUGGAUUCAUCACAAUCAGCUACAUGUACUACGACAGAAAAUCCAAUUGGUGAGCAGAUAGUGAUAAAUGGUAGAUCUAAAUGCGGACAAACAUUUUCUGGUGAUGAGGUCUGUGUAGAAAUUAUUGGUAAAGCAAACGAUAAAGACUGUGGUAAAGUUGUUGGGAUUUUCAAAAGAAAUAGGUCUGAUACAAAAAAUCCUGUCUUUUUAUGUACAAUAACUGGAGAAGAAGCCCAUUUGAUGGGACCUAUCUGCAAGACUGUCCCCAAAAUAAGCAUUUUCCAUAAUCAAGUAUUAAAGAGAUUUUCCAACAUUCCCAAUUCCAAGAUAGAAGUAUACAAGAUGGAUAAGAAAAAAUCAUUCAAAUUUUCUCAUUUCUUUACCAUAAAUCCUGCUAAAAGACAACAAUAUAUUUUUGUUGUUGUGUAUUUGAACUGGAGUCCCAAAUUUGCCUAUCCUAAAGGAAUGGUUAUAGACGUAAUUCAAAACUAUAAGGAUUAUCAAGCAAGUCUUAAGAUACUUGGAAAUCAAUUUGCUAUUGACCCUAUUUACCCAUCAGAAGUAAUCCAGGAAAUUGUGGGUAUGAAGAAAGAUGACUCUGUACCGAGCUAUGACUUUGAUGUAUUGACCAUUGACCCAAAGGGAUCAAAGGAUCUAGAUGACGCACUUCAUAUAACAAGGCUAUCUGAAAACAUUUUCGAGGUCGGCGUUCAUAUUGCAGACGUUGCCCAUUUUGUAGUAAAAGGCUCUGAGAUUGAUAAGGAGGCUGAAAGAAGAGCGACAAGCUUUUAUCCAGAAGAUUCCAGAUCCAUUCAUAUGCUCCCUGAACCAUUGAGCGAAGAUAGGUGUAGCCUUCGAGAGAGAGAGGUUCGUCGUACGAUUUCUGUGAUAUUUAAACUGGAUGCCAACGGUGAACAGCUUAACGAACCAGUAAUUCAACGAUCUUUUGUUCGCUCCAUGCAACAGUUGACAUAUCAUGAAGCACAACUAAUUAUCAAUGGCCACCGAGAUGGAUUUUCCGAUACGAUUAAUGGUAUGAUAACUGAUUUGUACAGGCUGUCUAAAUCUAUCAGACGUUCUCGUUUAAAGAAAAGACUCUAUCAUGUUCAGUAUAGUGAUGGCUUUCUUCGUGGUGAAAAUGAAACGAAUGAAACAGAAGCUCACGAUUUAGUGGAAGAAUAUAUGAUAAUGACAAAUUGUCAUAUUGGCCAAAUAAUUACAGAACAAUUCCCAAGAGGAAUACUGCUAAGAGUUCAACAACCACCAGACGACAAAAAACUUGUUCAAUGGUUUGGUCAAAAUCAACCGGUUGGUAAUUUGAUUCUUUACUUACAAGGUUAUUCUUGUCAAAGCAGCAAUGGAAAUUUAUCACUAUCCCUGGACAAUAAUCAUUCCGACGGACAUCUGACAGUUCAGAAAUCAGUUUGGACAGAAGUCCUGAGAGCAAAGGAAGCAAAAGAUUGGAAAAAGUUGCAAAGUAUUCUCUGUAUGGAUGAUAUACACCCAAGCCAUUUUAUUGCUCGGACACGUUGGAAUGGGAUAAUGGAAUCAGCGGAGUAUAAGUUAUGCUCUGGAGCACGGGCAACAGGUUCCCAUCAUUUUACAUUAAACUUCAAUCUUUACACACAUUUCACUUCGCCGCUGAGACGGUUUGUUGAUUUAAUCAAUCAUCGCUUUAUCCACGCCUAUUUGGAUAAAAAGAAAGCACCAUAUACUACCCACGAGCUGCAGAUGAUAAGCCUACAUCUUGGUAGACGAGCAAAACAACAGAAAUUGUAUGGAAAGCACAGUAAAACUCUAAAAUUAGCAUAUGAGUUAACAAAACAACCGGCCCAGAUUAUGGGAUUUAUCAGUCAAGCAGAUAAUGACGGGGUGGAAAUUGAAAUACCUCAAUGGCCAUUUUUGAAAGCGAAUAAUGAUAUACCAUUUCAUUUACUGGACGUUUGCGAAAGACCAACUGUAAAAGAUACACUUACAGAAACCUCUUGGAGAAAGAGAAGCUUCCACACUCUAGGAGCAGUUGGCCAUGUCCGCCCUGAAAUGAAAAGGCGAGAAAAACUACAACUGAACCCUAUCAAACAUUGCCUAAACAUACCGUUAAAAAUGUGGGCGGACCUUCUCACCAAUCUUAUAUCAUCGACUGAAUCUGAGGACAAACAACGCAGUAAGCGGUGUAAAAAGGAAGUCGAAAAAAUAAUUGAUCAAAUUGGUAUGGAGGGAAUAAAUCCCAUAGGGACAUUAUAUGGAACUGUAGAUAAAGUUACCUGUGAAGGUGGUCGAAGUAAUAUUUCAUCACUAACGGAUAUGUGUAGGUUCAGUUUCAAGUUUGCUCCUGGUCGAGUUCUGUGCACUCAGCUAUCAACUGUUUUCGAAAAGGGACUUCCAAAACCUAAGUUUACUAUGGUCAAACUAGCUGAUAAUUUGAUAUUUUGUUUGGAACAUAAAGAUGAUCCUGUGACCUGCCUUACUAAGGAGUCUUUUGAGUCGACAAAAGGAAGAAAGUGGAUACAAAUAUCAGAAUAUGUGAAGGCAUGGUCAGCCCUAGUGGAAAUGGAAGCCGCAGUUCAAAGUGUUCAAGGCGGUGACACAUUUUUCAUUGAACACGUCCCAGUGCGUUUUACAACACAAGAUUCUGGUAGCUUCACUUUUAACCAUUCAUUUUGUUCAGACAGGGACGUAUUAGGUAGUAUUCACAUUAGUAAAGAUGAAAAAGAAAAGCCUAUAACUGAUUUUGUCUGUAUCCGUAAAGAAGUAGCUCAAGACUCUGACAAUCCCUUUAUCUGGGUAGGUCAUGGGCAAAUGGUAUAUUGUUGUAAAAGCGAAGAUUACAUGGAAUCAAAUGAAUUGGAGGUUUAUUUCGAACUUCAUGGCACAGAAACAUCUAGUUCAAAAAUGAGAGAUGUAAUAAAUAUAGGAACACAGGAUGUUUUCACUCUCGAGAUAAUACCAAGAUCAGAAACAGACAGGAGACUUAAAGAUGUUCUAAAAAAGAAAGUCAUCGAGAGUAACCCUUUAGUGAAAGCAAUAGUUUUAAACAGCUCAAUACCAGUGUUAGACCGUGAUCACCUUGAUUUGGGAAAGAAGAUCGAAAAAGAUUUACCUAAAGAGGAACUGCAGAUCCUCAAAUUACCUGGUAACAAUAUAAAACAACACGAGGCUAUCGAGAAAUCAUUAACAUCAGCAUUCACAUUGAUACAAGGUCCUCCAGGAACUGGGAAAACGUAUACUGGUAUUAAAUUAGUAUAUCUCUUCACUAAGAUUAAUAAGAUCAUUAAGCUAGAAGAACCAGCCAAAAAGGGAGACAAAACAAUCGAUGGUAAAAACCAAGUUUUGUAUUGUGGUCCUUCUAACAAAUCAGUUGACGUUGUAGCACGUAAUCUUAUAAAGAAGUUGGGAAAUAGAUGCCCAAAAAUAGUUCGAGUUUAUGGCAGGACUGUAGUUUUUUGCGAUUUCCCUGUGCCUGGCAGAGCUUCACCAUCAAGAGCUGCAAGGAGAGAAGGACAAUGCCCUGAAGACUUACAUAAUGUUGCUCUUCACCAUAUCAUUAGACAGAAAGGUAAACCGUAUGCAGAUAAAAUUUGUGAAUUUGACAAGAAGUUUAAAAAGGAAAUUCAAUUCCCAGAAUCACAGGGAAUAACCAAAAUGAUGAUAAAGACAUACCAUAAACUUGUCCGUCAAGCUGAGGAAGAAGAGUUGCCAUUAUAUGAAGCAAUUUUGUGUACAACUGGUGUUGGGGGUAACAAGAGAACGAUGAAAAAUCUUAAAGUAUUCCAAUGUAUAAUUGAUGAAUGUGGCAUGUGUACUGAACCAGAGACUUUAUUACCAAUUCUUGUUGCCAAACCCAACCAGCUUGUUUUAAUUGGUGACCAUAAACAACUUCGACCAAUAUUGAUGUGCUCUAAAGCCGCUAAACUUGGUCUAGAAAAGUCAUUGUUUGAGAGAUAUGCUGAAAAGGCCAUUUUUCUUAAUAUCCAAUACAGAAUGCACCCUGAUAUAUGUGCAUUUCCAUCCAAGCAAUUUUAUGAAGGUAAACUAGAAACAGGACCAUCUACAUUAUGGGAGAUUAAACAGCCUUUAAGGAUAAUUGGUGGAAAAAAGAUUAUGUUUUUCCAUAUAGAAGGAGAAGAAGAAGCACUAACAGUACACACUGAUGAUGGUCACGAACGAUCAAAGUCCAAUAUUCAGGAAGUUGAUAAAGUUAUGUUAUCUCAGAGGAAGCUAUAUGAUUAUCAAGCAUUACCUCUGGUGGAUUUAUUUCGACACAUGGUAAGGAAUGAAGAUAUCAAUCCAAGAAGUAUCAAUAUCAUGACACAAUACAAAUCACAGAUGUCUUUGAUUCAGAAGAAAAUAAAGGAAUAUAACUUCGACAACACUGUAAAUACAGUUGUAGCCAGCCAAGGUGGUGAAUGGGAUUAUGUUAUUUUAAGUACCGUACGUUCUCUACCUUUGUAUAAAAUUGAACCUUUUCCUACUCGAGGAUGGAGAACAGAAAAUCUCGGAUUUUUAGCUGAUGAAAAUCAGACCAAUGUUGCUCUUACAAGAGCGAGGAAGGGAUUAUUGAUUAUAGGUAAUAAGAAUGUGUUGAAAUGUGAUACAACUUGGCGAGCCUUGUUACUACAUUAUGAGAAGCAAGGCUGUAUUCAAGACGCAAAUAACAUUCCUUCGUCUGCUCCGCCUCGUGCGGCAAUUCCUAUUAUUGGUCGAUAUAAAUCGGCAAAAAAUGGACCAUAUCCUUUUAAUAUGAUAUAAUCGCUUUUAUUGUUAUUUUCAAAUCAAUAUAAUUGGUGUAUUUUAACAUGGAAAAUAUUUAUUAUUGAAAUUGGUGUAAAAUAUAUUUUGUAUCAUGGGGUUCGUCAACCUUUGGUGUGUUCGCAAUAAGGACUACAGUUUUAUACGCCCACCUGUAAAUGUGGACGUAUAUUGCCGUCGUCCCUGUCCGUCCGUUCACAUUUCUUGGGUUUGAUUUUCGCUAUCCUACAAUUCCUUAUUUUAUCAAGAUACGGGUUUGAUUGGAUAAGAAUAACAUAAUUGGGACUGGCCUGGUAGAAAUCUAUUUUGAUUACAAUGUAGACUAAAAAAAAACAAUAAUGAUACGAAAUUGUGAUCUAAUUUUAAUCAGAUUGAGUUUUUCGGAUGACUUUUCCCAUUUGAGACGUUCGCUGCAAAUUAUCUUUUUAACUUUUGGUAUUAAAAUUUAUUGCUAGGUAAGUUUUUGUAAAGUCUUUAUUUUAUUUAUUAUCACUUAAUUCACUUUAGUUUUGAAUUUAUGUGCUAAAAUAAAUUUUUAUCUCUGUAA